ACUUACUGUGUUUUGAUGGAACAUGUGGUGCAAUCCUCGAUCCCAUCAAAGGAAAGCGCUCUUUUGGGAGUUGAGUCUUCAACCACAAUGAAAGCGGAGGCUUUUACCAAAGCAUUCCUGAAAAAUAGCCUUCCCCAAAUGAAAGAUGCAGCCAUUGAGGAAAUGAUGUUGCGCAAGGCGGUAGUGCUGGAAUUUAAAAGACCGAAAAAGAAGGGAAAGAAAAGCAAGGCCAAGGGACUGAAUGCCAAAGAAAGAAGACAGCUGAAAAUAUUCCAGCUCAAACCUGAACAUCAAAAAUAUGAACUCUUCUUGCCUCUGCAUGAGCUAUGGAAGCAGUACAUUGAGGAUCUGUGCAAUGGAUUGAAACCAGAAAGCAACCCACAGAUGAUCCAACAGAAGCUCUUGAAAGCUGAUUUCCACGGUGCUGUCUUAACAGUUGUCAAAUCAAAGUGCCCUUCGUAUGUGGGUCUAACUGGCAUCUUGGUACAGGAAAUGAAGCACAUCUUCAAAAUCAUUACAAAAGAGGACAAACUAAAAGUAAUACCGAAGAGGAACAGUGUGUUCAGUAUGGAGAUUGGUGAUUUCGUAACUCACAUCUAUGGCAGCAAGUUUGAACUGCGCUCCAGUGAGCGGUCAGCAAAGAAAUUCAAAGUAAAAGGAACUAUUGACUUGUAAUGGAAAGUCUAAAACAUCGUGUCAAUUUUAAAUGUGAGCUGAUACUGGAGCCUG